AGGACGCGCCAGCAGGGCCAUGUGGCUGCCCCCGGCCCUGCUUCUUCUGGGUCUCCCCGGCUGUCUGGCCAUUCAAGGCCCAGGGUCUGUGAGAGGCUCGGAGGAGGGGUCAGUGACUAUCCAGUGUCGCUACGACCCGAGAUGGAAAGCCUAUAAUAAGUGGUGGUGUCGGGGCAGAACCUGGCACACCUGCCAGAUUCUCGUUCGAACCAGGGGGUCAGAGGAGGAAAAGAAGAACGAGCGGGUGUCCAUCAGGGACGAUCAGAGCAACUGCUGGUUCACGGUGACCAUGGAGAGGCUCAGGCGCGAGGACGCAGACACGUACUGGUGUGGGAUCCAGAGAACUGGAACAGACCUGGGGAUACGCAUUACAGUGACUGUUGGCCCGGGUAAGAACAUUCUCGUCGAGGAAGGGAGCACCACGGACUCCAAACCACUGGUCCGAACAACCGCACACAGCAAUUCCGAGGUGUCGUUUGGAUUGUACAGUAGGUCCUACUACAUGCUCCUGGUGUUUGUGAAGGUGCCCAUCUUGCUGGUCGUGGCUGGCGCCGUCCUCUGGUUCAAGGGGGGCUCGGAGGCUCCCUCAGGAGCCGUGGGGACAGCUCGCCGCGGGAACUGGAACUCUGAAUUUCUGACCAAAGACAGAAGCGCGCAGCCUUCCCACCUGGACCCCGAAUCCAGAGGAAGCCUGGGAGAAGCACCCCCCCAAGUUCUCAGAGGGCAGAGAUAA